CCAACCACCUUAUAAUUCCUUAACAACACAACACAACUAAAACCAAAACCUAUCCUUAAAAAAUGGAGUCAUUCUCUAACUUUAUGAAGGGCAUCCCAUCACUUACUACCGAAAAGAAGCCCUUAACACCCCUCACAAACCCAAUGCAACAACAAAAGCAAAACCAGAUGGUGGGUCCCAUACAUAAUCCAGUGCAGCAGCAGCACACCAGAAGUGAUGGAAACUCGAUCUUUAGUGCAUCUGAUGACAAUGUGAUAAUGAAGCAAGUUAUUGAUACUCAUCUCCCUGAUGGCACCGAUGUUGAUGUCAGACCUCUUCUUGAUAUCAUACAAGACAUCCUUCGACAUGCUACCAUCAAUGCUGAUCCCGUUUCAUCGGGUCCACAUACAAAUGGAGAUAAACUGAAUGGUAAACCAAAUCAGAACAAUGCCAUUAUGAUGCUCCAUUCACUUUCUCAUAUAAUCGACAAACUUGCCAGCGAGAUGGCGUUCAAGUGCUUAACGGUUGCAGAUGGACACACGACAGCCCUUGCGUUAUUCCACACUGUUGGAAACUUCCAUUGGGAUGCAAAACUGGUGCUAACUCUAGCAGCUUUUGCUCUCAACUAUGGAGAAUUCUGGCUUCUGGCUCAAAUCUACUCAUCAAAUCAACUAGCAAAAUCUAUGGCAAUCCUUAAACAAGUUCCAACAAUCAUGGAGCAUACGGCUCCAUUGAAACCUCGAUUUGAAGCUGUUAACAAACUAAUCCAUUCAAUUCUGGAACUUACAAUAUGUAUUGUCCAAUUCAAGGAGCUUCCAUCUAUGUACAUAACUCCUGAUAUGCCAGCCAUGUCAUCAGCAAUCAAUACCAUUCCGACAGCUGUCUACUGGAACAUCAGAGGCAUUAUCACUUGUGCUACACAGAUUGCUCACUUGACUAGCAUGGGCCAUGAGUAUGGGAUUUCAUCAACGGAGAUGCAAUCAUGGGAACUAUCAUCAUUGACUUCAAAGAUUGAUCAUAUGCACGAGUUUCUCAGGCGACAGUUGGAGAAUUGCAAUCGUGUUGUUGGAGAAAAGAAAGAAAUUGAAUUCAGGAGGUCUUUCAAUCAGCUGUUUGAAACAAGCCAUAUGGAUAACAUGAAAAUCCUCAAAAUCUUGAUUAGUUCAAGGGAUGAUAUACAACCACUCUUCGAUGGCAAUACAAAGACGAGGGUCAGUCUGGAAGUCCUAAGGAGGAGGAACGUGCUGUUGUUGAUAUCUGGGCUAGACAUGUCUCGUGAGGAGCUUUCAAUUCUUGAAGAAAUUUACAACGAGUCCCGCAUUCACGGAUCAAGGACGAAUGCUCUUUAUGAAGUCGUGUGGAUGCCCAUUGUGGACCCCUCUGUAAACUACACCAAUGAAAUGGACACAAAAUUCGAGGAGAUGAAGGAGAAAAUGCCAUGGUACUCUGUGUCCCACCCUUCAAUAAUAGACAAGGUGGUUAUCAGGUGCAUAGGAGACAGGUGGCACUUUAGGAAAAGGCCUAUAUUAGUGGUGUUGGACCCACAGGGAAAGGAGUUGAGCCCUAAUGCAAUCCACAUGAUGUGGAUUUGGGGCAGCAAUGCCUUCCCUUUCACCUUCAUGAAAGAGGAACUGUUGUGGAGGGAUGAGACUUGGAGGCUAGAGUUGCUCGUUAGUGGCAUGGACCCCACCAUAGAUAAUUGGAUAAGAGAAGACAAAAACAUAUUCAUGUUUGGAGGCGAUGAUAUCGAGUGGAUACGCAAAUUCACAACCACAGCUAGGGCAAUGGCGACUGCUGCCCGAAUCCCAUUAGAGAUGGCGUAUGUUGGAAAAAGCAAGAAAAAAGAAAGUGUACGUAGGGCUGUUGCUACCAUUAAUGUGGAGAAGCUUAGCCACAGCUGGCAAGAACCAACCCUAAUGUGGUUCUUUUGGACACGUUUAGAGAGCAUGUUGUACUCCAAGAUUCAACUAAAAAAGGCUGAUGAUCAAGACCCCAUGAUGCAACAGAUCAAGAAACUUCUAAGCUAUGACAAGGAUGGAUCAUGGGCUUUGUUGUGUAGA